CCCGGAGCCCUCGGCGCCCCACUGAACCCGCGAUCGCUUCCUCCCUGUGACCGACCGGCGCUGCAGCUCAGAGCCCGGCAAUGCCGUUUGGGUGUGUGACUCUGGGCGACAAGAAGAACUAUAACCAGCCAUCAGAGGUGACUGACAGAUAUGAUUUGGGACAGGUCAUCAAGACUGAGGAAUUCUGUGAGAUCUUCCGGGCCAAGGACAAGACGACGGGCAAGCUGCAUACCUGCAAGAAGUUCCAGAAGCGGGACGGCCGCAAGGUGCGGAAGGCAGCCAAGAACGAGAUAGGCAUCCUCAAAAUGGUGAAGCAUCCCAACAUCCUGCAACUGGUGGAUGUGUUUGUGACCCGCAAAGAGUACUUCAUCUUCCUAGAGCUGGCCACGGGGAGGGAGGUGUUUGACUGGAUCCUGGACCAGGGCUACUACUCAGAGCGAGACACAAGCAACGUGGUACGGCAGGUCCUGGAGGCUGUGGCCUACCUGCACUCACUCAAGAUUGUGCACAGGAACCUCAAGCUGGAGAACCUGGUUUAUUAUAAUCGGCUGAAGAACUCAAAGAUUGUCAUCAGUGACUUCCACCUCGCUAAGCUAGAGAAUGGCCUCAUCAAGGAGCCCUGUGGGACCCCCGAGUACCUGGCCCCGGAGGUGGUAGGCCGGCAGCGGUAUGGACGCCCUGUGGACUGCUGGGCCAUUGGCGUCAUCAUGUACAUCCUGCUUUCAGGGAACCCGCCUUUCUAUGAGGAGGUAGAGGAAGAUGACUAUGAGAACCAUGACAAGAAUCUCUUCCGCAAGAUCCUGGCUGGCGACUAUGAGUUUGACUCUCCAUACUGGGAUGACAUUUCGCAAGCAGCCAAAGACCUGGUCACAAGGCUGAUGGAGGUGGAACAAGACCAGCGGAUCACUGCGGAAGAGGCCAUCUCCCAUGAGUGGAUUUCUGGCAAUGCUGCUUCUGAUAAGAACAUCAAGGAUGGUGUCUGUGCCCAGAUUGAAAAGAACUUUGCCAGGGCUAAGUGGAAGAAGGCUGUCCGAGUGACUACCCUCAUGAAACGGCUCCGGGCACCAGAGCAGUCCAGCACGGCCGCAGCCCCGUCUGCCCCAGCCACAGACACUGCCACCCCGGGGGCUACAGGUGGGGCCAUAGCUGCAAGUGGAGCUGCCCCAGCCCCUGGGGGCAGUGCCACCUCAGCCACAGUGGGUGAUGCUGCUCUUGCUGCAAAGAGUGAUAAUGUAGCCCCUGCAGACCGUAGUGCUACCCCAGCCACAGAUGGCAGUACCACCCCAGCCACUGAUGGGAGCAUCACCCCAGCCACCGAUGGGAGCAUCACCCCAGCCACCGAUGGGAGUGUCACCCCAGCCACCGACAGGAGUGUUACUCCAGCCACUGAUGGGAGAGCCACACCAGCCACAGAAGAGAGCACCGUGCCCACUACUCAAAGCAGUGUCACACUGGCCACCAAGGCAGCUGCCACCCCUGAGCCGGCUUUGGCCCAGCCGGACAGCACAGCCCCAGGGGGCACAACAGGCCAGGCUCCACCCUCUAGUAAAGGGGAAGAGGCUGCGGGCUAUGCCCAGGAGUCUCAGAGGGUGGAGACCAGCUGAGCAGGCAGGCUGAUGGGGGGCAGGGAAUGGGCAGGAGGGUGGGAGAGUGGCUGAGGGGCUUCUCACUGUACAUAGAGUCACUGGCAUGAUGCCCUCGCUCCUCCCAGCCCCUCCCUCCCAGCGUGGGGCAUGUCUGGGGGCCACGGGAGAGCAGUCUCAUCUCCUGUGUGUGUGCGUGAGUGGUGGGCCGGCCAGAGGCAGGACUGGCCCCAGCCCCUGCAUGGAUUCCUUGUGGCUUUUCUGUCUUUUGCUAGCUUCACCAAUUUCUGUUCCUUGUGGGAUGCUGCUCUAGGGAUACUCAGGAGGUCCCUGCUCCCUUUCCCCUUUCCUUUUUUGCCUCACAAUUCCCCUAGGCAGGCCCUGCAGGUCCCAUCCUCUCCCAGGCCCUAAACUUGGGUGGCCUUGCCCUAAGAGCUGGUCCUCCAGCGAGGCCCUGUCAGCGGUCUUAGGCUCCUGCACAUGAAGGUAUGUGCCUGUGGUAUGUGGGCUGCUCUAGGAGUGGACACAGGCUGGUAUAGAGAAUGCAAAAGUCUAGGGCAGUAUGCUUUAAGACAAGACUGGUCGUAUGGCUAGGGGCACUGCUUGGUAGACAUGGGGGUCCUCAGAAGUGAAAGAAUGAGUAGGAGGGUAGAAGCUUCCAUCUUUGUCCCAAGGAAGUCCCUCCCAAGACCCUUGUGCUGUUUCCUAGCCUCCUGGGUCCUGCAAGUAGGUUGGCCUGUGUCCUGAGUUUCAUGAAACAGUAAGGGGAAGGAGAAGCAAUUAGGAUGUAGCAAUGAGAACUGGGAGGGCAGAGUGCAGACCCAGCACCUAGUGUACCAGCCUAGCUGGCUCCUUACCCUGGGCCAAACAGGAAGGGCUGAUAUCCCCUGACUCUUCCCAGAUAGGCCCACUCAGGCUCAGUCCACAGUCCUCUCUAUCCCAGGGCGCCUGCCACACGGCAGUGUCCCAUAGUCUGAUUUGGGGUGUGCCCUUCAUAGGGGCAGAUUUUCGGGUCUCCUAAUUCAAUGACAAAAUAGAGAGGAACCCCCUCUAUGUCUAUGACCCACUUCCCUUUCUAUCAGGGCUUAGAGGCCCAGGUACCUCUGAGCCAUGCUGACUUGCUUUUGCUGGGAUGAGGAAGUGGAAUAAGGCUCCCUAGUUUCCUGAUGGAGGCUCCUGGCAGGUGCCCUUUGUCAGACCCCACCACAGCCUGGGCUGGCAGCCACACUGGUCCUGGCCCUCGCUUGGCACUCUGGUGGCAGUCCUGCCCUUCUCCCUGCAUGCCUGUGGGUCUGCUCUGGUGUAUGAAGGUCAGUGGGCUAACUGUGUGCCUGCUGAACCUGGCAAAUA